CAUAGUUCAUCAUGUGCUGUAAUCCAUCCGUACACAUUGGUGUUAACUGCAAAGGAACCAGAGCGGUUGGUUCACGGCCUUCAAGCCCCCAGUCUGUCGCCGGGGGAUUUUCAUAUUUUUCGGUCCGGCGCUGCAAACAUUACACGCGCGGUCGAGCUCAAAAGCAUUCCGCGGGAACCCCGAGUGAUGACUUGCGUGUUAAUCAUAUUACAUCAGUCAGUGAAUAAACAUACACUUCACAGCCGGAGGUCCCGGUGUCGUUCGUGAGAGCAAGGGGUGAUAAGGUAUCAGCUAGCUGUCCAGGCAAGUCACAUUAUGGUCACACGUCCACAGAUGUGAGAGGAACGCCAACUUCCACACUCCGCACCGUCAGAACCUAGACGCGAACUGCUUGGAAUUAUACACAGUGAGACUUUACCUCGGACUCAUACUGCUCAAUCUAUACUGCACGACGUCACUCCACACUGAAAUACGGACUGGAUUGCAUCAAGACAUCUCACACGCGACUUCAGGUUUUUCUACUACUCGGCCAGAAAUCUCACAGCACCGACAAAGAGAGGUUGGCUUAUCACCGGGAGACUGGUCAUGUCAUCGGGUAGCCACUGCCGGGGCACCGGGCGGCUUGUAGCGGGCACGACACGGCUCAACACAAUGAGGAAUCUGUGGAUGUUACUCGGCAUUGUCGUGGCUGUCACAUACGCUCAAGACGUUACUUGGUGGAACUUAGGCGUGGACUCACGGAUACUCCACCAGUUCGACACCAUAGGCAGCCCUGAGUUGUACAUUCUGGGCACCCAACCCCUAUGCGCCGAGCUACCUGGUCUCUCCUCGGGCCAACAGAAGCUAUGCCAACUCUUCCAGGAUCACAUGGGCCCGAUUGGGGAGGGGGCCCGUAUGGGAAUCGAAGAGUGCCGAUACCAGUUCAGUAACCGAAGGUGGAACUGCAGUACGGCUGAGACGGGGUCUGUCUUCGGUCGGGUCACGGCAAUCGCAAGUCGUGAGGCUGCUUUCACCUACGCCAUAUCCGCAGCGGGGGUGGUGAACGCCAUCAGCCGAUCCUGCCGGGAGGGGGAGCUAUCUCCCUGCGGCUGCAGCCGGGCGGCGCGACCCCCGGACCUGGACCGGGACUGGGUGUGGGGAGGCUGCGGGGAUAACGUGGACUACGGAUACAGGUUCGCUAAGGAGUUCGUGGACGCUCGGGAGAAGGAGUCGAACGCACCCCGGGGGACCUACAUGUACGCACGAAUGAAGAGUAACUUGCACAAUAACGAGGCUGGCCGGAGGGCUGUCUACGACAAGGCGGGGGUUCAGUGCAAGUGUCACGGCGUGUCCAGCUCCUGCAGUCUCAAGACCUGCUGGCUGCAGCUAGCCGAGUUCCACGACGUGGGCGCCUAUCUGAAGGACAAGUACGACGGUGCCUCGCGCGUGAGGUUCAACAAGAAGGGCAAGAUGGAACCUCACGAGGCCCGCUUCAACCGACCCAGCAAGGACGACAUGGUGUACCUGGAGGAAUCGCCGGACUACUGCAUGUACGACCCCCGGGCCGGCUCGCUGGGCACCGUGGGGAGGGAGUGCGUCAAAACCUCCAUGGGAACGGAGGGGUGUGACCUCAUGUGCUGCGGGAGGGGGUACAACUCGUACACCAAGGAGGUGGUGGAGAGAUGCAACUGCAAAUUCAAGUGGUGCUGCUAUGUACAAUGUAAAAAGUGCCGAAGGACUGUGGACGUUCAUGUCUGCAAGUAGUACUCAGUGUACUUUAGUAAUGUACACUGACUGUACGCUGUAUUAGCGAGUGUAUUAUUCAAACUGCUGAGAUGGGGUCAGCGUGGUGACCUCAAAGGUCACCUCUGAUGUGAAAGCAAAACUGCAUUUCUGAUAACGAUGGAUUGGGACUGGACAGCUGCGCCAUAAGGUCAGUUUAGGAUCGCGGUGGUGAGUUUGUGAUCACCUUGUAGGGUGAGGUCAUUGUGGUGAAUAACAGCUGAACACACGGACGUCUUUUAACUCCCGACGACUGUUACACAGUUGUAGUAAAGCAGAACAUCGAAGAGCCGUCACGUUUAUCAGUACUCUUGUUGUAGAUCCAUCGUCAAGGAAACAAUGAUUGAAACUUGAUAAUUGGGAAUUGAAAGGUAAAUAUACAUCCAUUGGCAUGGAUGUAAUUUAAAUGGACGGAGAGUCGUGGUAAACGCUACCCUUUUUUGAAACAGUAAGUUUGUUUACAAAAAUAUUACUAAACAGUUGUAGUUAAGUGUGCCUCCCACAUGAUAACAAUGUACAGAUUGAAAUUAUGAAAGUUUCAAGGCUGGUAAAAAAAACCACCAUUUUUUAGAGAAAAUAUACCAUGUAUUACUUGUAAAUAAUCUGCAUUUUACGUGCGGAGGAGCUCAUUUGAAGGACAAUAUUUAUAGCUGUUAAAAUAUGGCAGCGCCGUAUUUUUACGACCCUGGUGUAUGAAACAUACAGGGCGCCCUCUAGAUUAUUUUACUUUAAGGUAUCAACUUUUUUCUAAUGUUCACACAGGAGAGAUAUAAAUUCAGCAUUCUUGACGUUUUUGGUUCUUAUGGAGAUAAAAAAUGGUGUUUCAAAGAAUAAAAGCAUGACACCUGAUUUGGUGGAUCGUCUGAUUUGGUAAAAACAUUUUACAGGCGAAUUGGACGUUAACAUCUCGCCAGUCAUCAAAUGGUUCUGAUUAUUUUUGUAGAUCAUAUUGACAAAGAAAUGACAUUGAUUUUGACCAACGUUUGGCAAGAAAAGGGGUAACAGUAAUUGCCCUUGUUUUGAAUGUGUGGAGCUUGGUGUUCAAAUGUGUGGCCUUUUUCCCCCAUUAUCGUUCAUUUCUCAUAGAGAUUCACGUCUCGAAAAAGGGAAUAAAUUAAUAUGUGAUUGGCCGGUUUUGAACAAGUACGAUUAAAACGGGCUAGGAGCCUGCUGGACGCGGAUAAGGCCGGGGCUGAAGGUGCCGGUGUAGUGCGAAUCUAGGACUAUAAAAUACGGACUCAUUUGGUAGUACAUGUGUAUUGCGCAUGCCUAAAGUGAAGAUAAUUAAUUAUUAAGAGUGACUGGUCACGUGUGAGGGUUCAACCAAUACAAGAGUAAAAGUUGUCAGAUUUCAUAAUGAGUCAAAAUUUCAUGUGACAACGGGAAAAAGGUUUAUAACCAGUCGGUGUUUCAUCAAUCGUUUAAAACCACCCACGUGACGGGCUCUCGACCAAUAGGAAUGGGUAAACUGUCUUGAGGUAUAGCCUAUAUAAAUAAGCGGUAAUAUCUGCUUUCGUGUUGGGCGAAGGGUUUUAUACCUUUUUUUUUACCUGUACAAAAUAUUAACUUGUACGAUUUUAAAUGAAGUUGAUAUACAAUUAUCUGUGAAUAGGGCAUAAUCUGGUAUGGAUUUUGUUUAUUUAAUUAAAAACUUGGUGCGGUUCUGUAUCAUUUUUGAAGACAAAAAGUCUGAAUAUUAUUCAUUUAUAGGAUUUUUGUUUUCGAAUUUUGGGGACAAUUUCGGAAAGACUUCAAAGGGUUUACUAAAUUAUAUCAGAUAAUUGAUGGUUCAGUUACAAAGACGUUAGGAUUAGAACCGCUUCUUGAUUAAAAAAAAACACCUGUUUUCAACUUAUAAUGAGUAAAUAGUAUAAUCUUAUGUGAUCACGUGAGCUUAUAGUACAAGCCCGCGACAGUAGUACUUUUGAAUAUUCAUCAUUUUAAUUUCUUAUGUAAAUUAUGUACAUUGUAAAUAAUAUGUGCAACUAUUAUGCAACAUCACCAAUUUCAGCAUUCGUAUUGAACCUUAGCGAAAUGGCAGUAUAGAUGAAUGUAAUAAAGCAUUAGUCCUAUACUGAACAUGUGUAUCAUUAAA